CAGUUUCGUCUUACCUGGCAUAGUUGAUACGUUUAAUAACCUGAGCUGUGUGAUAUUGUGCAGAUAUGUCAGCGGAAGAUUGGGCAUGGCAAUAUUUUCAUAAAACUGAGAGUGGAUUAAUAAAAUGCAAAAUAUGUGGGAGUAUCUUUUUAAUAGGGAGAGAAAUAGAUACUUCUCAUAAAGCACACUUAUUCUACGAACAUAACAUACGUCCAAAAGAAGAAGUCGACAAGUGGAAAAUGGAAGAAAAUCCUGAGCCGAUGUGGGAAAAUUUCAAAAAAGGCGAACUGUAUACUGCGACAUGCAAUUUUUGUGGAGAAACAGUGAAACAUGCAUAUGACGUUUCUAAUUUAAAUCUUCACUAUUUGAAGCAUUUUCAAGAAUUUGAAAAUUCUAUCAAAAAUUCUUGGUUGAAGAAUCAUAUGAGAUUUAAUAGAACCACUAAAAAACCAUAUUGUUAUUAUUGCAAAAAAUAUUUAAAUACCUCUCUCAACGUACAAGACUUAAAGGAUCAUUUGUUUUUAAUUCACGAUCUCCGCGACACCACCAGAAGAAUGAGAAUAGAUAAAGAUACAGAAGAAAGUAGUGCUGAUGUAUCUAUACAGGCUGAGGAGAAUAAGCCAAGUACAAGUUUUCAAUAAAAUAUUUAUGGAAAUUAUAAAAAAUUAAGGACAUAAUUGGUUAUCGAUAAGUUCAAGAUAAAUAAAGGAUGAAGAUUUCGAGAAAGACAUUGAGAGCAAUUAAAUCAUAUAUCAAGGACCUUUACAAGUUACUACCUUUUUUCUCAGAUCUUGACAUUAACUGAAGAAAGAAUUACAUCCAUAAUAAGAACAUAGGACUACAUCCAUAAUAAGAAAUUCUUCCAUAAUAAGAGACUCUUUUCUUUCAUAUAUCAUCUAUUUGAUUAUAUUAAUAUUA